CUGUGCGAACAAACUACUUUGUUGAUUUUAUAUAAAGAUCUAAAUCUAAAUAUUAAAUUACAAGUUUUUUAUGCCGAAACAAUGAUUUCACAGCUUUUAUCUAAUGGUUAACUUUGUUAUUGAAUUUGUUGCUCGUGUAAUACCUGUCUGUGCCUUAAAAGUUACGGUGCAAUAUUAGUUUUAACUCAUGAGGUGUUCCGCGAACAGUUUUUAUUUGUUUUCAUUAUGACGAAACGCCGAAGAAUAGUUCAAGCUGACAAAAUAAUACAAAAUGUUAUUAACGUAUUUUGUUUAUUGAUGUUCCUACAGUUAAAAGGUUACUAUUCAACCACAAAUAAUCCUGUGUUGUUAUAUUCUACUGCAUCUGACAUUCGAGUUGCAAACACUUCAAAAUUGGGGAAAAUAAACGUUAUAAUAAAAGGCCUAGAGCAAGGCUCUGCUGUAGACUUUCUCCAUAAAAAAAAUACAAUAUGCUGGUCAGAUCAGACUGCGGAAUUGAUACAAUGUAUGGAAUACAACGACACCCAUUCAGGAGAGAAGAUAAGAAUAGUUUCAGAAGGUAUAAUUACUCCUACUGGUAUUGCAUUAGAUUGGUACACUAAUAAAAUGUACUGGACGGACGGUGAAACUAAUAAAAUUGAAGUGAUUUGUAUUGAAAAUAAAUAUAGGAAAGUACUAUUUUGGUCAGAUGUCGACCUUGCAAGAGCUAUUGCUCUCGUUCCAACAGAAGGGCUUAUGUUCUGGACCGAUUGGGGAGAAAUACCUAAAAUAGAAAGGGCUGGUAUGAACGGUGAUCCGGCCACAAGGAAAGUUAUAGUGAAGGAUAAUAUAUUUUGGCCGAACGGAAUCACAGUGGAUUAUAACAACAAUUUAAUAUACUGGGUUGACACUAAGUUACAAUUUGUUGAUGUAAUGGGUUUCAAUGGUGAGAAUCGGAAACGGGUUGUUAAAGAUGGCUUGAAGCAUCCUUAUGCUUUGGCUUAUUUUGAUAAUAAACUUUAUUGGACCGAUUGGAAGAAAUGGUCCAUAUAUACAUAUGACAUAGCUGCAAAUAGUUCUCUUAAAGAAAUUAUAAAAUCCGACCAUGUGCCGGUAGACAUCAAGGUGUACGAUGAGAGUCGGCAAGUGAUACCUAAUGGAGAGUACCCUUGUAAAAACAAUGAGAAAUGUUCACAUCUGUGCCUUCUAGCUCCUAAUUCACCUGGCUAUGUGUGCAGCUGUCCAACCGGCGUAAAGUUAAGGGAAGGCAGCAACACAACCUGCUACAAUGGACCGCAGUCAUUGCUGUUGGUGGCUCAGAGAUCGAUCAUAUCAAAAAUAUCCCUCGACUCACCGGACUACACGCCUUACUCGUUACCAUUGAAAGAUCUUAAGAGAGCUCUUACAGUUGAUUUUGAUCCCAAAACUGAAUAUAUAUAUUGGGCUGACAGCAUGUCCAAGACAAUAUCUCGAGCUCGUCUGGAUGGCAGCGACCAAUCAAUAGUGAUCCAUUGUAGCGGUGUACCGGAUAGUAUAGCCAUAGAUCCGCUAGCUAGGAAUAUUUACUGGACUGAUCCUAUAUCUGACACUAUAACUGUGGCCAGGCUGGAUGGACAAGCUAGAAAAGUUAUAAUUCACGACGAGCUUUACGAUCCUCGCGCGAUCGCCCUACAUCCGGUGGCCGGGUGGAUGUUCUGGUCCGAUUGGAACGAGAAGAAACCUAAAAUAGAACGAGCCAACCUCGACGGCACAGGACGGGUGUUGCUAGUCUCCGAAAAACUGAUUUGGCCAAAUGGCAUCGCUCUGGAUACGGAAAAAAAUAAACUGUACUGGGGUGACGCGAGAACACAUAAAAUAGAGGUCUGUAAUAUGGACGGGUCCGGAAGGCGUGAGCUUCAUGGGAGUGACAUUCUUCAUAUAUUUGGACUCACCCUUCUGGGUGAUAAUCUGUACUGGACUGAUAUGCAGCGACGCACAUUGGAUAGGAUCAACAAGGAAACUGGGUCGUCACGUCAGUCGGUGGUGGAGCAAAUGGCGAACAUGAUGGGUGUGCGUGCCGUCCGUUUGGGUCCGCUGGCCAGCCGGAACCCAUGCUCGGCUGAACACGUCUGCUCACACCUGUGCUUCAACCGACCCGACACACACGUGUGCGCCUGCCCUAUCGGUCUGGAGCUGGGAAGCGACAGGAAGACUUGCAUAGAACCAGAAGCGUUCCUCUUGUACAGCAGGAAAAACAUCAUCGGACUUAUAAGUAUCGACAAUGAGAACAACGACGCGGUGCUACCUAUAAAGGAGCUGAAGGAAGUCAGUGCCCUAGCAGUAGACGUGUCCGGUUCCAAGUUAUACUGGUCAGACAGCAAAACAAAAACAAUAAACCGAUGUAAUAUAAACGGAUCCAAUAUGGAGAAGAUAUUAGAGUUCAUGGGUCUUGUUGAAGGUGUCGCGAUAGACUGGUCGGCUCAGAACAUCUACUGGACGGACACGGCGGCGCAUCGCAUCGAAGUGGCCAGACUAGACGGGUCCAGCAGACGGGCGAUCAUGUGGCAGGGGCUGAAGAAACCUAAGAGCAUCGCACUCGAUCCGCGGAAGGGCUACAUGUACUGGUCGGAGCUGGGAUCCAAGACUAUCAAACGGGCCACAAUGGACGGGUCUUCCCCUAUAGUUCUGUUCGAGCAGGUCGUUAAAGUCCACGCGCUCGCCAUAGACUACGAGAAGAGAGCCAUCUACUGGGCGGCACUGGACUCUAUGGUCAUUGAAUACGCAUUCCUGAACGGAACCGGGAGGAAGGUGCUAGUCGAUAACAUACCCAUGCCGUACGCGCUGGCUCUGUACAACGACCGGGUGUUCUGGGGAGACUGGAAUACAGGUCUCGUGGAGGUGGCGAAGAAAUCGGACGGAUCAAGUCGUAGGACCAUUCAUACACAGUUGGAUUAUAUAUCAGAUUUGAAGGUUUACCACAGGGGCAGGGACAACCUGUCCAACCAAUGCGGGGUGGACAACGGGGGCUGCUCGCAUUUAUGCUUACCUUUGACGAACAACGACUAUAGAUGCGCUUGUCCGACGCAUUACAGGCUCAACAGAGACAAUCUCACGUGUUCCGAGCCUGAAGAGUUCUUGUUGUACGCUCAGAAGAACGCCGUGGGUCGGCUACUAGCUGCCAACAGCGAGUGUAGUGACGCCUUCAUCCCUCUGACGGGGCUCCGGAACGUGAAAGCGAUCGAGUACGACCCCAUCAGCAGACAUCUCUAUUGGAUGGACGAAGAAAAUCACUCAAUACGAAGAGUUCCCAUAUCUUAUUCUGCGACAUCAGCAGUCACGGACUCUACGAACGUCGUGUCCGAUCUAUCGAGACCCUUCCACAUGGCGUUGGACGUGCUAGGAAGGACUCUGUACUGGACUUGUCUCAACACAGACUCCAUCAACGCCACCUCCAUAGAAAACAACUCGUCAUCCGGCGUCAUAAUACGAGGAGACAAUAUGAUGCCCAGAUAUUUAGCGUUCCAUCAAACGAAAAGGUUACUGUUCUGGAGCGACGCUGGUCUGGGCGGUAUAUUUCGGUCGUUGGUGGACGGGUCGGAGCGCGCACAGUUGGUUCGUGUGGACAACGUGACCGCCCUCGCUCUGGACAUGGGCGGUGCAUCCGCCCUGUACUGGGCUGUGGGAAGACAGAUACACGCCGUGGACAUUGAUGGCUCCAACAGACGAGUCAUCUGGCAGGGCGGGGCUGUGGGUGCUCUGGCUGCGUACGGCGGCGCGCUAUACCUCGGCGGCGAGCGUGUCCCGAGCCGGCUGCCGUUACACCGGCGCGACGCUCCCGCGACGCCGCUCGCCCACGUGCAGCGGAUACUGUCCGCGGUCAGUGUACACCGCGUCCCACGCGACCACCCCUGCUAUGGAGCGUGCGGCGGAGCCCCGGCCACUUGCGGCAGGGACGGGGUCUGCGGCUGCGGCCUGAGCUGCUCCGCCCGGAGACACUGUGACCCUGAUCACUUCCUGUGCGGUCGAGACAACGGACCCACCACUAAUAGCGUACAGUGUAUACCCAUGGAGUGGAAGUGUGACGGUCAACGCGACUGUCUCGACGGGUCGGAUGAAUCUCAGUGUGACAGCUGUGCGGGGCUCCACUGCGCGGACGGGUCCUGCGCCCCCGCACUCGGCGGCUGUCUCACGGGCGCGUACUGCACACACGCACUACCAGACGCCUUCCGUUGUGACGACCGUCUUUGUCUGCCGGCCGGUCUACUGUGUGACGGCCGCUCUCACUGUGAGGACGAAUCAGACGAAGCCCCCGCCGCGUGUGGAUACGUUCACAAAGAUCAGAUGGUGUCGGUGGGUGCGAGUGGUCAGUCGCACGCGUUAGUAGUGUGCGGAUCGGUGGUAGGGGCGGCGGUGGUGGUGGCCGCUCUGUGGGCGGGCGUCAGGCGGUACUCCAGGGCAGGGCGACACCAGCCUCACCAGAGAACACUCGCACUCAACAAGCCAGCCACCCGACCCAGGACAGAUGCGCCGUCAUCCGAUUCGUUUCUCAGAUUGAGCGCGAUGGGCACUGCUUCGGGAUGCGGAUCCGGCUCGGGCUCGGGCUCGGGCUCGGGCUGGGGCUCGGACAGUCUUUGCGGACGAUACCCGCGACCUACCGCCAACCCUCCGCCCAGUCCGGCCACGGCCUCAGGAGGGAGACGACGCGCCUACAGGAACUAUAGGGCUUCGAAUAGGCCUCCGCCACCAACACCGGCCUCCACUGACGCGAACGAAUCAGAGAACGAACACGCGAGGGCGCCACCACCCUCGCCGGCGCCCUUGCUAUACUAGAUAGAAUUAUUUAAUAAUUUUCAUAUUGAAAACACAACCCUCAUAGAAACAAUACACGUGUAGCUACGGGAACUUUAUACAAUAACUACAUGGACAGCACUCACUUAGACUUUUAACCGAAUAAUGUAACUUUAUUAAUACAUAUAACUGUAUACGGACUGGUAAAACAUAGUCAAAGGAUAACAUUCACCGCACAUGAAUAUUCUAUAUUGAAUUUAAGUCGCCCUACAACGAUACAAAUACAUAUCUCUCGUGAUUGUUUAAAAAUUAGCAUAAGACAUGCGUCUCAUGACUGUUAUAUAAAAAUAGAUUUAUGAAGAGUAAAUUUAUUUCAUAUACUAAGUAAGUUAGCAAAGGAUUACUUUUAACUGACGAGGAAUUGACAAUUUACUGUAAUUUAAAAAAUGUAAGCCGCAUUUGACUUGAGUAACUUAUGAUUAUGUAAAGUUCUUAAUAUUAUCUGAAUGUUUGCUUCUCUAUUGUUUUUUGUAAUAUGUGGCUAAGCUAAUCACAAUCCCAGCUCAUUAAUUUAAUUAAUUAAUUAAUAUUUUUUUUGGUUGGUACGUUACUAUAAAGUAUAAAUACUACAUUGUUAUGAAGAUUAAAACGAUUUUCAUAUAUGUGUUGCCAUCUAAUAAAUAUAAAAUGUAAAUUUCAACUUGGUGCUAUCCCACUGUUCGUGCCUCAGUAACAUAGUUAGUGACGUGUAAAUAAAAGCUUUAUACGAUGUAAAUAAGGUUGCAAUUAGUUUGUAGCAUAAAUAUGAAAAAUUUUCAGCCGACACUCAGUUAUAAUAAAUUUAGUAUAAGUAACAAAUUAUUGUUGAUAUAAUUAUAAAGCUGUUUGCACACGGUUAAUUCCUUAAGUAUGAGUGGGUUAAUCAAGCAAUAUUCCUAAUUAAGGCAAAAUACAGAGUCGAAUUAUUUCAAAUGUUGUAUAUAGCUAAGUGAUGUCCGUAGACUUGGACUUUUUAAUGAUAAUGAUUUAGUUUAAGACUAAAUGUAAAUUAUUUUCUCUUAUUUCUUUUUUUUUUUGGAUGACACUAUAACAUACUAAUUAUGACUGAAUUGAACCUUUUUUAGUAAUAAAACUUUUGUACCUGUUAA